UUUAUCGACCUGCAAAAGGAACAACUUUAACAACUAAAGCUGUUAAAUGUUGUGGAGUUUAAAAUGGAAAUACUCAAGUAAAGUAAAGACACCUCAGGACUGUGCAGUAAUUGAGUAAAUGCACUCGUUACAUCCCACUGCCUUUGUACCUAAUGGUCCACCAUACUGCGCAUAUUACUAAACAGAAAGCACAACACAUACACACAUACACAUAAAGCAACAUUUGCACAGAAUGUUAAAAGUGUAGUCCUUCCCUUCGUCCCAUACGAUUACUGUACUCAGAAAUGUGCUCAGAGUGAGCCCUCCUCUCUCCCCCUCCUCUCUGUGCUGCCCAUAUGUCAAAGUCUUUGUGCUUUUCAAGACAGCGAGGCGACAGCAGGAAAAAAAACAGCUGGAUCCAAGGAUCGGUCCAGCUAGCGGUUCGGCUAGCUGUAUCCUCUCCUCAAGCCAGCCGCUUCUCCUCGGCUGCCGGACUUCGACAAGCUGGUUGUGAGGCUGAUGAUGUGGUGUGAAGAUGGAGGCUCCUGAAUACCUGGACCUGGAUGAGAUUGACUUCUCUGAUGAUUCAGUGUAUUCUGUGACGUCUCUGAAGAGCAUCCCAGAGUUGUCCAGGAGGAGUGAUGGCCAGGCCGAGGAGAGACCAGCUCCAGCCAUCAACUGGAGUCGUGGCGUUUCCUCUCACAGCGGUGGGGGUAUCAAACCCACUGGGCUUGCUGAGGUCCACAGUAAGUUCCGACCGGUGAAGAGGGUCUCCCCUCUGAAACACCAACCAGAGACCAACGACUCUGACUCUGAUGGUAAAGUUCAGGGCCAGGGCCAGGGGCUGGGGCUGGGGGAGCCAGGGGAGGGCAGUAAGGAUGACCCCAGCUCUGAUAAAGCGACUCAUGCCUCCACCUCCUCUGAUGGCCCAGGAGGGAAGGCAAAGGGCAUAGGCGGCAGCGUUGGUGUCGUUGGAGGGAACAACCCCCAGGCUCUGUUUGGGGAGCUAGAGCACUAUGAUCUGGACAUGGACGAGAUACUGGACGUGCCUUAUAUCAAGUCCAGUCAGCAGAUGUCCACGCUGCCUCGCGUCCCCCACGACAAGCGCUCGGUGACGGGGAGCAACCUGGGCGGAGGCACCCUGGAGAGGAGUCGAGGAGGAGGGCUGAAGAGCUCCGCUUUACCCCACAACGAGCCUCUGAGCCUGGGAAGCAGCAGCUCACAGACUCCGUAUUGUGUUCUGUCUCCGGUGAAGUGGUCAGACCUGAGAAAGUCCAAGUCGAUGGAUCCAGAUCUCCAUCACCUCCACCGCUCCCCAGCUGGAGGAGGCUACCAGUCAGAGUUGCUCUCCUCCGGACUCCUCAGCUGCUCAUCCUCCAUGUCUUCUUUCUCUGAUGCAGACAAGCUGCUGUCUGCACGCGUCUACCCAGACUCCCAGACCCAGAGGCCAAGUGUGGAGCAACCAGGGGGCCCGGGGAUGAUGUUUCCCCUGCCAGGGUGCAGCAUGGGCAGGCAGGACACUUCCAAGCCCUGGGCUCCUGGACCAGGAGGAGGAGGCGGAGGCAGCAGCGUGCCCAGGGCGUUUGGAGGAAGUGGAGGAGGACCUGGAGGGGAGGUGGACGAAGAGACCAAGAAAAACCAGAACAUCAUCAACAUUGUUAGAGAGGGACAGAUCUCCUUGCUGCCUCACCUGGCGGCAGAUAACCUGGAGCUGAUCAGAGAUGAGGAUGGGAACAACCUGCUACACAUCUCGGCCUGUCAGGGUCACGCUGACUGUCUGCAGCAUCUCACCUCUCUGAUGGGAGAGGACAGCCUCAACGAACGCAACAACCAGCAGCUCACCCCUGCUGGUCUGGGAGUCAAGAACGGUCAUCUGGAGUGUGUGAGGUGGAUGGUGAGUGAGACGGAGGCCAUCGCAGAGCUGAGCUGCACCAGAGAGCAUCCCAGUCUGAUCCAUUACGCUGCCCGCUAUGGACAGGAGAAGGUCUUGUUGUGGUUGCUUCAGUUCAUGCAGGAACAGGCAAUCUCUCUGGACGAAGUCGAUCAGAACGGAAACACUGCUGUCCACGUAGCAGCGCAGUACGGACACCUCACCUGUAUACAGACUCUGGUGGAGUACGGCUCUAACGUGACAGUCCAGAACCAGCAGGGGGAGCGGCCUUCCCAGAGUGCCGAGCGGCAGGGGCACACCACCUGCGCUCGAUACCUGGUGGUCGUGGAAACCUGCAUGUCGUUGGCGUCACAGGUUGUAAAACUCACCAAGCAGCUCAAUGAACAGGCAGCAGACAGGAUUACUCUACAGAAACAACUGCAGAGACUGAUGGAGCCCAACAAGGCAGAGGGAACACCUUCCAGAUCACCUAGCUCCCAUCAGCCCUCAGUGGAGGCGUGGCCAGAGAUGAUGUUGACAGCGGAGGGGACUCCAGGUGAUGGUCAAUGGUUGGUUCGUCAGGGAGGUGUUGGUCCAGACUCGGUGCUGCGACAGCUGCUGGGGAAGGACAUGUCGGACACGCUGGUUCCCAGGGAAAGGCUGCCUCCGGCAGGUGGCCUGGGCAGAGAGGGCCCUUGUGGCCCCGGGGCUCCUGGGGCACGCAGACCAGGGCUAGUGGAGAGGAGAGAGCUCAAACUAGCGAGACUCAAACAGAUCAUGCAGCGCUCUCUGAGUGAAUCAGAUUCGGAUGGUUAUCCACCAGAGGAAGGUAAAAAUCAAGGAGCCUCGGCCUCAAACACACUGCGACCUGAUAGGCCAUCCCACCUGCCAAUCACAGAGGAGGAGCCAGUGUCAAACCACCUUAACCUGAUGAUGAGGAAGCACCUCCCCUCCUCCUCCUCCUCCUCCUCCUCCUCUUCUUCCACAGCUGAGAAGAAGCUGGCGUUUUCUCUCAGUGGGUCAAAGUCGGUGGACAGCGUCGGUUACAACCCCUCCCCCACCUCCAGCGACCCUGAGGCUGCAGAUGGUAAAACACCAGAGACUCCCGGCGACUUCCCUGAUGGCGCUAAUGGCCAGAAAGUUGCCACUAGCCCCAAGAGCGCCCUGAAGUCGCCUUCGUCUCGAAGGAAGACGUCGCAAAACCUCAAACUGAGGGUUACCUUUGAUGAGCAGGUCCACAAGAGCUCCAAUCAGGAGCCAGAGCAGACCAAAGGGCAUCAUGGGAAGGAGAGGACUCCAACAGGAAGCUCUGAAAGCAAGCGGCCGUUCGGGGCAUUCCGCUCCAUCAUGGAGACACUGAGCGGAAACACAAACCACAACAACAACAACAACAGUGGUGGUCAGUCAGGCCCCGCUGUUAAACUGUCCACCUGUCAGAACUCACCUGGCAGGAAGUCUGAGAGUAAAGGCAGCCCAGGAGGAGGAGCCAGGGGCAAAAGCAAAACCAGUAACGUUUAACCAACUAGUGCCUACUGUAGGGCAAAGAGCACAUAACGAACAGACCACUACAAAGAGCAAACAGCAAGGGGCAGCGAAGAUGAGAAAUUUAUUGGGACUUACAAGGUUGACACAUUUUGUGUCAAAGGUUGUACUCCUUCUCAGUUUAACAUUUCUGAAAACUGCACAUGCAUACACAUCAUGUGACAUCUUAUAAAUACUGCUGGAAUCAGCAAAGAAUCAGUGUUAGCUGUGAUGUCCACAGAGGAUAAACAUCCAUAAAUACACUUAGAAAUCAUAUACAAAUACCUAAAAUGUAAACAAAUAUAGGCUAAAAACAGUGUUCAUGUGUAUCCCACAGCAAAGUCACUGGCAUGGCAACAUUAUACUUCCGGUUUACUUCACCCAAAGUAUCAUGGGAACUGUAGUGCCAAAACGUAUUAGUCCCAAAUGGAAAAAAAGAAUGAAACAUCCAUUACAUUAUCCAUAUUUUUUGUUUGUUUUACACUUUCAUUACAUAGUUUGACUGAACUAAGGCUCAGAAUGUUUUAUAUCCCUGGAUCAAUGAUCCUCUCUGAACAUGCAAGCAAAAAACUCAAAUAAUACAAGUUUUUUCAUAAAUACUCUCCUACAGCAAACCAAACAAACCUUGCCAUGGUUUUGAAGGAUUUUCAAAUCAGAAACUUUAACAAUUCAGUUUGAUGUUUAUUAUAAAAUUAUAACUGUGUGUGAUCAAAUCAAGAGUGUGAUUUGGUCAUUUGAAGAAGAUCAGACUAAAGUUAGCCACAGCCACAGUUUAUUUGGUUCAAACCACAGUGGUGGAAAAGCUGACUUUGCUUAAUUUAUGUAUUUGGUUUGGAAACAGUCACAUCAGCUGUUUACAAGCGGACCAGGUCUUGUAAACAAACAGUUUGUUUUUUGGACAGAGUGUUUAUGACCCGUCACCCUGCCAGUUUGUCCCCUUUAGUACAGGAGAUUUCUUUUGUUUGUUCAGUAAAAUAGCGAAAGUGGCUUUCAGACUGCACACACAGACAAUAUAAAGUUAGAAACGUUUGUCUGACUUGUGGAUGUAUGUCAGCUCCACGCUUCUGUUCUUCUGUAGGUUUUAUACCAGCAAACAUAACGUUUCUCGUGUUCUUUGCCUCAAGCAUUUGACUUUUGAUGGUUUUUAUACAGUUUAAGGACUGAAAGACAAAAGCAGAAACUGUCUCUGCUCUGUUACUGUCUGUUAAAAUGUAUUUGGUGCCGUCAUUCAGCGACAGGAAUCACUACAAAAUGAAUGAGAAGAACCUGUGUGCUUAGUGAAACCGAAGCAAUUGUUUUUAUUGACAGACUGAAGGAAGUCUGUGUAUUAAUCGCCGUCCUUUUAGAGACCUCACAUCUCCAUAAUACAACUUGUAAUACAUUUUUAGUUUUGUCACAUUUAGUUUGAUUUUGUAUCGGAUUACAGAACAUUCCCAGAGUUUAUUUGUCUACUUAAACAAGACAAAAGUGUCAAAACUUAAAUUUUCCAAAUGGAGAUGAAAGGUUUCUGUUCCUCUGGCACUCUGUUACUGUACUCUGAACUACACUAAAGAUGAAUAUUAGUAUUUAUGUUUAUGCACACGGUUAUAUGAUUUGAAAUUUUUAAACUGUGGUUAUAAUCAUGCACGUGGUUAACGUGCACCAGCACAACAAAUAGUUUUAAAACCACUGUAUAUAUAUAGUAGUAUUUAAUUUCUUUUCCAUCAUACUCCACACAUUUUUUAUUUCCAUGGUUAUUAUCUAUGCAGUAUUUUUGGCAUGAAGUAGAGUUUAGUUGUGUGAUGUGUUUGAGACGGGGAGGUUUAAGGACGCACCUUCUGACAAAGGCUGGCUAACGGGCCAAUCAUAUGAACUUUUUAGACAAAGUAGAAGAAGUUGAAACACAAGUUGAAACUUGUUAUUCCAGAGAUUUACAGCUUUCAGGAGACUGUGAACAUUGACAAACUGUCUCAAAGCUUGAAACUAGAAGACUCAGGCUGUUAUCUGAUGCGCUUAUCCAGUGUUUGAAUUUCAAUGUGGCAAUAUGUGGUAGUCGGAAUAUCCAUUGAAAUAUAGAAAAAACAACAACAAACAUAUAUAUAUAUAUAGCAGAAAAUAUUUCUUAUUUUCUAAUUUCAUGCAUUUAAUUCAAGUUCAAUUUGACGGAAUCAUAGAUGUCUACUAAGGAGGGGAGAGACACUUUGUUAGGCUGUUUCAACCUCUUUUUCAAAAAAUAUGAAUGUCAAAUGCACAAGCAAGUGCGAAUGGUGGGAGUUUGAAUUUAUUUGAUCAGCUGAUUGAUCCUUGCUCCCCUGUCAUUAAAAAACAGCUGUCAUUUGUAUUUUUCUGGACCUUUUGAUGGUGAAUACAGACACUAAAACCUCACUAGCAGCCCCAAGAUGCUGCAUUGUUAAUUUACACUUUUUACACACCAUUUGCCAGGGUUAGACAGAUGGACAAACAGUUCAAAUGUAGCUUUUGGUUUCUUUUACAGUAUUGGGGAUAAAAAAAAGUAAUGUUUAUUAAUGAGGGUGGUGCUGUAGGAAAGAUCAUUAAAAUCACUACUACUACCAUCACAGAAUCAUCCAGCAGGAAUAUCGCCACCUAAUUUCAUGGAAAUCUGUCCAGAAGUUCUCAGUAUAUCUCUUUGGUCCAAAGGUGGAACGACUGUCAUGCUUCAAGGAAAACUCUCAAUCUUUUGGGAAAUGUGCUGUCUUAAACAGAUACGAUUCAUAUUUAUUCAUUCAUUUACCAUCAUGUCUAUGGACAGUUCUUACCUUUUGUGAUGUGUUUAACCUAGCUUAGCACGAAGACUGAGGGCAAAAUUACAAAAUGUCCCUUUAAGCCUCACCACUAACAAAAAAAAAUCCAAAAACACUUCUAACAGAAACACAGAUUACAGCCUCGACUCUCUAAUUUGUAGCUUUGGGAGAAACUGGAUCACAUCUGUCAUGUUCUUGAUGCAUGUUUACAUUAUUACAAAUACUGUGCAGCAGCAUAUUUCUAAUCCAAACUGAUCAUUGUUGGACAUCAGUGUGUAGAGUUUUCUUUUCUCAUUCCUGUAUGUUGAUCAGUGUGAUUCUGCUGUGCAGUUCACUCAUCCCGUUUACAAAGACCUUUUCUACAGUGUACCAUUUUUAGAUUUACACACUCUUUGGCUAUUUUUUUGAGGCAGUGGAGUCUGAGGUUUUUCCUGCAUCCAGUCUGCUGAUUAUGACUUAAAAGACUUAAAAGAACAGUUCAACAUUUGAGUGUAUGCCCUGGAGUCAGAUGAGGAUGUAUUUUGCAGUUUGAUCUCUUUGCAUCCAGUACACUUGAUACACCCACCAAUGUUGUUGAUAAAGUCUGGCUCACAGUCGGUGUUCCAGUUUAUGCCAAAGGUGCUGGCUGGGGUUGAGGAAAGCCAUUUCUUUAUGGAGCAGCUUUAUACACUGGGGCUGUCAUGUUAAAACAGCAGAGACAAAGUUGAACAGUUCUAAAAAUAUUGUGUGCUGCAGCAUUAAUUGGACUUUUGGAAUCAACCUUUUUUGUCAUUUAGUAUGUGGGUCACCAUGUCUGAUUAAUUGACUGAAUGAUUAACUAACUGGCUGUUGGACGAUCACAUGGAUUUCUGGAUGAAAUAUUGGUUGGCUGUUUGUAGUUUAAGCAAUAUUCCCCCAUGUGUGCUGUCAAAAGAAAAGUGUUAAUGUUAUAAACUGUAAUGAGCUUAUUUUGAUAAUAUUCAGUCCCUCCAGAAAGUUGCGAUCAAUUAACGCAAAUUCAAGAAAUCACUGAAUUCUGUGCGACCUUGUGAUUUGUCCGAUCAGCGCAACUUUACUAAUUUGUCAUUGUUGUUUCCAGCGAGUUUCACCAAUCAUAUCAGUACCCAGCACAAAACGUUGAGCCAUACGUGACGAAAACUAUUAUAGAUUUUAUUCUCACUGGAACAAGUUGCCAUCGAUUUUUUUGAGAAAUUAUACAAAAGAAAUGCAGCUAUUUUACCGAGGUGUACCAAAUACGUUUGGCCAUAUAUCUCUGAACUGGGUGCACAGAGAUGAAACUGAUAGUAGUCCUCUCUUCUGAAACGCAAACAAGUGUAUUUCCCAAAACUUGAAUGUUUUACCAGCAUUUGACUGGUGUUCCCUGGUUGAACUGUUCUUUUAACUUGUGAUACUUUUUAAAAUAGGGCUGAGUGGGAAGAAAACAUGAGGCCAUUGUUGUUUUGUCUUCCAUUUUAGCUUUGGCCUUAAUGUAACAGACAAGACUUUAUUUGACAGACCUGUCAUUUUUUUCAUACCUUCCUUGGAAGUUUCUUGGAAAAUAAUUAUGACAUUUGUUCCUGAUUAUAGGGGAAAUAUAUACCGUGCUCAGUUGGUAGACUUCCAGUUAAUUCCAAUGAACUGCUGGUAUAACCUGAUUUCAGCACACCGCAGGUCAGCUGAACAUACAGAAAUGUCAAAUUUGUCAUCAAGCAAGCAAAUAAUGCAACAUGUGUAAAGAAUACAUUUUACAAUAAUACAUUAAUAUGAAUAAAUAUUUACUUGGUUUUAAAUAGAGCUUUUCUUUUAAGGAAAUGUCUCUGGAAAUCCUCAACUCAACUCAACAUAACUAACCAUGAUAUUGUGGCUGGAGUUCCCAGGAAAAUCUCAGGAAAGUCCCCACUGCCUCAAAAUAUGCUGACAAUACAAUCAGUGUUCUGUCUGUGGGUUGAUUGUGUCGAUGAGAUUGUUUUUGAAAUGCAGUUUAUUCUAUUUGAAGCGUCUUCGUCAAAACCGCUCCUUCAAGAAGAGGGAAAGGAAGUUGGCGUCAUUAAUGUGGCGUCGUUCUACAGAGGAGACAAACUGAACUCUACCCGUUUGACCCGUGUGUUGUUGUAACUCUUCAGAUGGACGGUGUUACUGCAUCAACUCGGAUGUUUACUCUCAAUGCAGAAAAACGUAAUAAAAAGAGGCGCAAUAACAGUGAAUGUUGGAGAAGUCCGAUCUGAAUUUAGUUUUUUUUUUUUUUUUACAAACCAGCUUGUACAGGGACAGACAGCUGCUCUUCUGUCCUUCUGUUAUUGAAGCUGUUGUGAAGACAAACUGAAAUAAACUGUUACCUUGAGUGAAUAAA